CCUGCGGCGGUGCCGUUGCCAGCGCUCUCUCGCCUUCGCUCUGGCUUCAUGGAAGCAGGUUCUCCGUUACAGCUGCUCUGCCGGGCGUGCCAGGUUCAAAGAUGGCGGCCCUCUCGCGACCCCUGACAGCAGGGCUUCUCAAUUGGUUGCCAAAAAGAGCUGCUCCAACAGUGCGGACGUUGGCAGGUGCUGCUUCCUUGGCUCAGAAGUCUCUGUGGAAACUGGGUCGACUGAACCAUGUGGCUAUUGCAGUGCCCAGUUUAGAAAAAGCUACCUCUUUGUACAGGGAUGUGUUGGGGGCACAGGUGAGCAAAAUGGUACCCCUUCCUGAACACGGCGUCUACACAGUCUUCGUGGACCUGGGCAACACAAAGUUGGAGCUUCUGCACCCACUAGGGGAGAAAAGCCCAAUCGCUGGUUUCCUGAAUAAAAACAAGGAGGGAGGAAUGCACCAUAUCUGCAUUGAGGUGAACAGUAUAACGGAUGCCAUAGCUGAACUGAAGGAGAAGAAGAUCCGUGUUUUGAGCGAAGAGCCCAGAAUUGGGGCCCAUGGAAAACUGGUAGUUUUCCUCCAUCCUAAGGACUGCAAUGGAGUCCUAGUGGAACUUGAGCAAGCCUGACUGUGAUAAGAAGAAAUUGAUGCCUAUACGAAGGGAGAUGAGGCAUGUUUUCUGUGUUUUAAAAUUACUGCUCCUGAUUUACUUGUUAUUGAGGGUUUUUUCCCUGACUCAAAAGCAUUAAUAAUAAUGUGAUUUGCCUUAAGAAGCAAAUAUUAAAUCUUGAAAUGCCAAUCUUAAUUUGGGAAGACACCUUUUGGUCACUUGAACAUCACCAAAAUAAAUUUUAUUUGGGCUGGCUUAGGAUUCCUUUGAACUGUAUCUUGCAACAGUAAGCUGGGCACAUUUUACGCACACUCUUCCUCUGGGCAUAAUUUUGCAUCCAUUUGGUACAUUUCUAGGUCAUCUGCCAUCAUCCUGCUCUACAUUUGUAAGUGACAAGUGAGGCAAGGGCGAGGUGUCUGGUUUUUUCCUUCUUCCAGUAAUUCCUUCAGUAUUCCCUUAAGAAAAGAGCCAGCAAGGUUCACCAGUCUAAAGACUCAUUGAAUACUCCAUUGAUUGGUUCACUCAAUCAUAAGAUGCCUAUGGUCUUGUCUGGGUCCCCAUGAUUGCUGAGCAACUUUCCACUCCCACCCACCUACCCACAUGAGAAUUUGGGCACCUUUUGAUUACCAGUAUUUGCUGUCAUUUGAUCACCAGUGUCACCUGCAUAAUUUACAGUAGUUUGUCUGCAUUGAUUAUUUUGAAUUAUUACUGAUGGUACAUAAUAAAACAUCAUUUUUGUU